ACCUGAGAGUGGGGAAACUGAGGAGAGAGGCUCUUGUGCUCCCCCACCCCAGACUUCCCUUGGGAUUCCCUCCUCUGGCUUGGCAGUCCCUGGAGGACCCUAGUGGAUGCAGGGGCGCUGGGAUUGGAUUUCUGGGGUGAUGAAUAUUCAUCAGCCUGAGCCGGCCUCUGCUUCUGUUUACUUAGCCGGGAGGAGCUGGGUUUCAGGUUCACCUUGACUCCAGGAGCGGCAGCAGCGGAGCGAGCAGGUACCCGCUCCUGCACCUGUUUCUCUUGUACGUGAGGUGCAGCUGCUCCUGCCCACCUCUCCUGGCCUGAGCCUUGCCCGGUGCGACACCCUGGAGGCACCUCCUCCUCCCCCAGUCUCACCCACCUGGGCAUCUCCUGCACUCAACUCCUUCUCUAGGGAAGGUCUCACCUCCAGCCCGGAGCAGUCAGGAUUACAGCAGAAAGCCCCACCCUCGGCUCAGGGAGCGCCAUGACUGAAGUUGGCUGGUGGAAGCUGACCUUCCUCCGGAAAAAGAAAUCCACUCCCAAGGUGCUGUACGAGAUCCCUGACACCUAUGCCCAAACGGAGGGAGGCACGGAACCCUCGGGGCCCGACACUAGCAGUCCCAACAGCAACUUUAACAGCCGCCUGGAGAAGAUUGUGGACAAGAGCACAAAGGGCAAGCACGUCAAAGUCUCCAAUUCAGGGCGCUUCAAGGAGAAAAGUAAAGUUCGAGCCACACUGGCGGAGAACCCCGGCCUCUUUGAUGGCCGGGAGGGCAAAGGACAGUGAAGGGCUGAGGAGGAUGCUAGCACCUCCUGGCUCCCUGCCAUCAGCUGGAUCUGAGACAGGAGCUUGCCACGCUGGCCUCAUUGGUCACAGCUGAAGCCACUGUGGGGGCAGUUGACGCCUGCUGGGAGGAAAUGUCUGGCUGUUAGGUUUGUAUUUACAUGCCUCACUUUUGUUAGGCCUGGGAGAUCCAGGGUGCCCCGCCCUCCCCUGGCACAUACGAAGGCACUCCAGUUUAAGGGUGAACGCUCCCACCUAGGAAGGACAGCCCUCCUUGAAGCAAUGGCAGGGCUGCUGGGAGGUGGCCUUGGCAGGGAAUGGAAAGAGGGAGCUGGACAGAGUCCACCUCCCCCCAGGCAUAGGGUCAGGGGUGAGUUUGAAUUGCCGCUCCCUCUACUUUCUCUACCUGUGUGACUGUUCCCUGGACCAAUCCUGAGGAGAGUACAUUUUCCAGAAGCCACGUGAUGGGGGUGGUUUCUGUGGAACCAGAGGCAGAGACACUGAACUUAAGCUCAUUUCCUAGCACAAGUGGUAAACUUCCUGGAACUUUGUCCCCAGGUAUGGAGGAGGCAGAAGACCCUGGCACUCCAUGGGGCGUGCCACAGAAGGCCAAGGGUCCAAACUGGGGGAGUGGGUGGGGAAGCUCUGGUAGGAGCUCAAAGCAGCCUCUCAUUUCCCCUACUAGUAUGUAACAUGGAUCAGCUCCAGAGAUGAGUCCUGGGGCGUUGAAUUUUGUCUAAGAAAAAAUCAUAGGUUUCUCCUCGUAAUAAACAAUGCUGCAAAAGCAGAGAACUUGUUU